CACCACGAGUCAUACUCGCUCGGUGUGACAGUCAUUGCCGUUUUUUGUACAUCAUUCUUAUUUCUUACUUAGUUUUAAAUCGUCGCUACUCGUAUUAAUGUACAAGCGUGUUUUUGGUGGACAUAUAGUGAGUUAGUACUUUCAUCGUAGGAUUCGUCUUUUGGUUCGUACGGACGUACACGCCGUCGAACCAAAGGUAAGCAUUGAACUAAUUUAUUUCUAACCGCCAAACAUUUGUGUGAAAUUUAAUUAACGCUUUCUCAGUCGAUGUUGUUAUAUUUUGUUCUCGCGAUAAUUUACGACGUGCGGAGCCGUGCGUAUUUGAGUUGUUUUGUUUCGGUUUAAAGUUGUGGUUAAUUAAAAGUGAUGGUGAUCGCUAAAUCGACUAAACAAGCUAUAGUAGAAAGUGUAAUGUUUUCGGAUAAAAUGGGUCUCUGUUUUCUGUGUGAUGCAAAAUUGUAUGGUGAACGGACACGUGUAUGUUCAAGUAUUACACCACACAGUAAUGUACCAUAUCCAGAAAAGAUAGUUGAGCUUCUCGGAGAUGAAUUUGUGGUUAUUGUAACUCCUGCUGAUCACAUGUGCAAAAAAUGCACUUCACUUUUAACUCAUAUGGACAAGUUAGAAAAUGAUUUGAAACUUGUUAAAAAUGCAAUGUUGUCAUAUAUUCAGAAAAAGUAUGGAAUAUUGCCUCCUGAUCAGGCUGUCAAGGGUGUUGAGAUUGUCAAUGGACACUUAAAGGCAGAGGAACAACUAGAACAGGGUCAGCGUAAAGUGCCUAGUGGUCUGACAGUAGGAAUUUCUCCUACUGUGACUACUGGUGCUGUUGUUACUUCAGUACAAACUCCAUUAAAAUUGUUAAAAACACAACAGCAGCAGCAGCAGGUACACCAACCACAUCAUCAACAACAACCUCCACAACAAGAUGGUGCUAACAAAAUGAAAAUAUACAAAUGCGGUUUUUGUACUUUCCAAUCAAAAGAGCUUGGACAUGUUCGAUUCCACAUGCGCACUCAUAUGAAUAAAAAAGAACCUGAAAAACCUAUUCUUAAUCAAUCAGCAGCUAAAGCAUUAACUCCGGUACCACAACAAAAAAAACGACUUUAUAGAUGUCAAGUAUGUUCCAAAUCAUUUGAUAGUCGAAUGAAUUGUCUUGAUCAUAUUCAGAAAGACCAUAAUCAGCCAACUGCAUCAACAUCAAAUGGGGAAAGAGAAACUGAAGAUUCUCGACCAGUUACUACAACUAAAACUAUUAAGUCAGAACCUCCCAAGAUUCAAGAAAAUAAUCAGCAGGCGGAGACUCCAAUGGAUAUAGACGAUAAUCAAAGAGGUAACAAACCAGGAACUGUAAAUACUGAUAUGAUGUUGAAUGACAAUGUCCCUACUGAAGGAUCUGUUGAUCCUGAACCAGAAGAAACAGAAAAUGCAGGCGAAGAAGAAGAAACAGAAAAUUCUCCGGAUGAUAAAACUGUAAAAGAAGGUAAGUUAAUCAAAAAAUCUGCACCUGGGCAAGAAGAAACUACUGGAGAAGAGGAGGAUGAAGAAGAUACUGCUGUGCCAGAACAAGAAGAAGCUGAUCAAGAAACUCCGGACAGUGUUGAGAAAGACGUUGAUGAAGACCAUGUAAAUGUGGAGAACAAAACAGGAGACUUGGACAUAGAAUCGAUGUUGGCAGCAAUUCAUAAUGAUAAUCCCACUAAUAGUGAAGAUUCACAAAACAAAGCUUGAGGUUUUUAUAUCAUAAGUUAAUAAUCAUCAGUUUUAUAUUUAAAAAAACCAAUUUCAUA